GGCAGGGACAAUCCGAGAGGCUCUUCGUCAACGACAGUCAUCAUCUAACAACCACGAUCCCCUAUCGAAGCAACAGCAGCGAAAACACCCGCAUCGGAACAUCCAACGUCUACCGAUCAUACUGCGACCACUGAGCCCUUCAAACGACGAUAACACCCGAUCUACCCAAGCGAUAAACCCCUCUCCUCCACCGCCACCAUGUCGCAACGACAACUCGCACGAGACAUGCAGACCGAGUUCCAGGCGAGGUUUAAUGCCAAACAAGCCCGUCGUGAAGCCGCCAAGGCGCAAAAAGCAGACGCCGACCUCCAGAAGCAGAUCCAGACUCUCCUGAAAAAGGGCGAGACACAACAAGCCUACCAAAAGGCCCGCAUGCUCCUCGCCAAGCAGGCCAUCGCAAAGCAGAUGGACCAGGCCGCCGACGUGGCCGAGCUGUCGGUCGCGCAGAUCCAGGCCAACAACGCCAUGAACCGCAUGACCGCCAUGAUGGCGCAGUCGUCGCGGACGAUGAGCAGGGCGCAGAAGAACAUGAACCCGGAGAAGACCCUCGUCACGCUCGAGCAGUUCAAGAACCAGAACGAGGAGUACGCCAUGUCCAACAACAUCUACCAGGACGCCAUGACGCAGUCGACCUCGGUCCAGGUCUCCGACGACGCCAUACACGAGCUGCUGGGCAAGCUGGCCGACGACGCGGGCGUCGAGCUGUCGCAGGAGCUCGCCUCCGCCUCCGCGUCCAAGGAGGAGCCCGUCAAGGAGAACGCCACCACCGAGCCCACCCCGGAGCAGGAGGACGCCCUGCAGCAGAGGCUGCGGGCGCUGAGGGCCUAGGAGGCGCUGGACCUCGGGGGCGAGCCGAGUCGGUAAUAUGGUAUUUAGGGCGGUGCAAUCUUGUUGUUCCAUGCCCACUCCCCCAAAGAAACCAUUGUGGAUUAUGGCUUUAGAAGAGGGGCCGGAUCACGAUCAUUUGGAACGGGCCAGGCUACGUUUGGCGUUGGUGGAGUAGGGCAUCUCAUAGUCAUAUGAAUUAUUACCAGCAUGUCAAAUAUGGAAGCUUGUCUUUGCUACG